CAUUAUAAUAUUGUAUUCAACCGUGGAACCACUCUAUACUAAAAACAUAAGCAACACAAAACUUCAGUACUACACGCGUAAAUUCUGUAGUUGAUUUACUCUUGAUUUCUCCGUGGGAAAUGCAUAGUUCGAUUAUCUCCUUUUACAUCGAUGCCGACCCUUUGAAAAUACAUCGAGAUUCUUGAGUUCAAUACACGGUUCAAGUUUGCACAAAGAAACUGACAAAGCGACAAUCAUGCCCUCGUUCAAGAAGAUUAAUGAACAAGAAGAAGAAGCCGAAAAAAUUCUACAAGAAAAGCCAGACUCUGAGAAAACUAAAUCAAGUUUUAACCCAACAAAAAUAGGGCAAUCUCUACGAAAAAUAAAUCCGAAGAAACACUACCAAAAACAUGUUCACAAACGCCUCAAAGGAUCGAUGAAGUGGAUGUUAUGGAUUACAAAGAAGGUUCAAAGCCGUGGAGCUGCUUUCCCUCUGUUCUUGGUUUUGGUAAACACUUUGUAUCUCGUUCUUGGGGGAUUACUUUUUAUGCUUUUGGAAAAACAGCCUCCAGUUAAAAUCAACCCUUCAAACGAACUAGCAGAAAUCUUCAAUAUACUCAAGAAUUCUAAUGUGGGGAGUCAAGCUUUACCUGACUUUAAAUCUGGGAGUGCCAUGGUCAGUAACCUCACCUCCUCUGAUAUCGAUCGAUUUGAAAAUGUCCUUGAACGAAUAAACAGCGAAAGAGUGGCUGCAUCUAAGCCUGAAUGGACUGUUCUUAAUUCUAUCUUUUUUUGUAUGACAGUAACGACUACUAUAGGCUAUGGUCAUCUUGCACCUGUGACAACCUUUGGUCGGAUGAUUUGCGUGAUAUAUGCCCUUUUAGGAAUCCCAUUGACGUUAGCUCUCAUGGCUGUUAUUGGUAAACUCGUUGGGGACUCCAUAAACCACGCAUGCUCACUAUUCCUAAAGUGGUUACAACGCUUGUAUCCAAAAUACGAAUAUGAAAGCAAUAAUCCAGACAAUGAAGAUGGAGAGAUAGACGCACCUUUAUGGCUUGGUUUACUUAUACUCUUUCUCUUUACUGCCAUCACCGCUGCUCUUCAUUGCUGGAUGGAAGGCUGGGACUUUGGUACUGCCUUCUACUUCCAGUAUGUCACUUAUCUGACCAUAGGUUUUGGAGAUGUUGUACCAGAUAAGCCGAAAUUCGUGUUUAUCGAUAUUUUCUUGACAUUCCUUGGUCUGGCCGUAUUGUCCGUAACUCUUAGUCUUAUCGCUUCCAACCUUCAUCAUCAAAUGCAGAAAACUUCAUUUCUGGAGAAUCUGAUGGAAGAUGAGCUUAGUGACGCGUCAUCUGUCACGUCAGACCAAGACAUUGAAAAUAACGGUAAAAAUGGAAAACGAAAGAAAGAAGAAGAGUCGGCAGGUAUUACAAGUAGUGACUCAAGUGGAGGGAAGUCUUAUGGAACUACGCAACCGUGAGGAGUCGGGAAUGGCGAAAAAUUAAUAGUUCAAAGCUUGCAUUACAAUCAAAAAAUUAAAAAAUGAUUGGCAAAAUGAAAAGGAAAGAAGGAAGAAAAAAAGUAAAAGGAAAGGAUAGAAAAGAAUAGAGAAAAAUAUAACAAAAUAGAAGCACAAGAAGAGAAAUGAAAUGAAAUGAAAUGAAAUAAGAAUUCAUGAAUAAAUGGAAAAAAGGAGGUCUUGAAAAAACAAGCUAGGAAUAUUUCCAGAGGAUAAGUAAAUGUCAAUUUUUAAUGAGAAAUAUUUUUUGCUUGAAAUGCAUGCUGUUUUCAGAAAUAAACUUGCGAUUAUUUUACGUUCAUGGGGAGGCGAUGGCGAGCAUCACGUGAUAGUUACAAGGUUGCUUAGUAACCAAAAAACGGUUAUUAAUGAAAAGCACGACAAAAUGUAUAGGAAUAAAUAAUAUGGUGUUACUCUACUAAUCAUAAAAAAUUAUGACGCUAGCUGAAGGAUAAAACCUUUUCGGUAAUCAUUGGUAAUGUCACUAAGAGCCUCGCAAUCAUGCUAAAGACGCGAGGUUACAUUUAUGAAAUAAUUCAACUCGACUGUUUUACAGUCUCCCUCUCGGCUAUCAAUUCAGCGGGAGACUGUGAAAAAGUCUAUCAAUGGAUUUCGUCACGUAUGAAGAGUCGCCUUGUGGAAUGGUGGAUAGAGUGAAAAUGUAUUUUCUAUUGUUAUGUUGAGGCCUUUUCAUGAAUUUAGACAGAAAUUAGGUUGAAAAUAAUUUACGUUCGUUUGAGCACAGCGAAUUAGAACUUAAGAACUAUAUCCCCCUUGGAAGAUAUUCCAUUCUCCCCCGCUGAUUUCCAAAAUGGCUUCUCUUAGAAAUUUUGAAGACCUCUGACUUUUUAUAGUCGACUGAAUAUAUCUGAAACACUUUUUCAGUUUUCCACUGAUAUGAGGUAAAACCACUUAUUAUAUAAUUACCAAUGAAAUAUCUAUUUUUCUCUAUUUCGAAAAAUUGAUAU